GUGCCAGUGUGAGUGAGUGAGUUCGUGGCCAAACUACGCUGAGCUGCGCCCUCUAUUUAAUACUUUUGUAUUUUAAGUCAUCGGCGACACCUUACCCAUAACGGCGAUAUCAUUCAUUCAUUUUCUUCUUCCCCUCCUACUUUACACCCACACGCACCAUCGCCGAUCUACACGAGACCCCAUACUCGCACACGCCGUCGCCCUCAUUAUUCCCAAAGGCGGGUCUUAUCCAUUGUACGCGACCCAUCGCCGACUCGAUCACAGUCGUCAUAUCCGCCGUCCUUCCCGACUUGCUGGUUUAGACCCGCCUGUCGCCAGUCGACACCUGCCCACAAUGGAUCAAUUCUCUGCACGUUUUCGUCGCCCUAGGCGUACCACAGCCGCACCUGCAACUCCCCCCAUGGGCAACCGAACUGGCUCGCCCCCGGACAGAUCCUCUUCAGAACGGAAACUUGCUGCUUUCAAUCAACAACACGAACAAAGAGAACAACCACCCCAACUUACAAUUUCUACCACCAACCAUACAUCCAACAAUAAUAACAACAACACCUGUUCACCUCGAACUGGUCUUUCAUCUAAGUCACCUCUAUCAGCCAAGUCACCCUUUCGAGGUUUCCACUUCCGACACUCUAAUAAACGUGCUCGAUCUCCCGCCUCCGCCACGUUACCCGUAGCCAGUUCACCAGCUAUUACAACUCCCAGUGGGAUUGAAUACGAAAAAUUAACACCAAUUUCGAUGCAGUCAAUGCAAUCAAUGGAGAGUCAGGACGAAAUGGGCGCCCCUCAGGGCCAGCCCAAGCCGAAAAUUCCGGCUUUUCUCAAUCUAACUCCGAAUGAGAUCGAGUCGAAGUUCCAGGACCUCAACUGGGCUGAGCGUUUACGCCUACAAUCGUCCUGGUUGAACCCAUCGCCCAAUGCUCAAUUUGCGCGCAUCAAUUCCAUGGAGGCUAAGUCCCUCGACCGAUACGCGAACAUCCAGCCAUGGGCCAACAACCGUGUUAAGCUACAGGUCCCUGAUGGCCAGCUUGAUUACAUCAACGCAUCGCCCAUCGUCCUUCAUUCUCCUAUCGAUCCCGAAGGCAAGCCACCUCACCGUUACAUCGCUAUGCAGGGACCCAAGGUUGCAACCAUGGAACACGUCUGGCGAAUGGUGGCAGAACAGCUACAAAGCCCUGCCGUGAUCGUCAUGUUGACCGAGACGCAUGAGGGCGGGAUGGAGAAGUGUUACCCUUACUUCCCCCGAGUCACUGAUCAUGAGCCGUGGGAGAUAGGAGAGGAAGACGAGUUCGGCGAUGGUUUCCACGCCCAACUCAAAUGUGACAGUAUCGAAGAGCACGCUAACGGCGCCAUUGAGGUACGCAAGCUCAUUCUUCAUGUUGAGGGACGUGAGGAAGACAUGAUAGUUUGGCAUCUUCUUUACCGCAAGUGGCCCGAUUUCGGCGUUCCGGCCAUCCAGGACAUUGAUAGCUUUUUCGAAUUGAUGCGCCUUUCCCGAGAGAAGAAUGCGAGCGUCGACAACCCUCGCAUUAUUCAUUGUUCCGCCGGUGUCGGACGAAGUGGAACGUUCAUUGCUCUUGAGCAUCUUAUCCGCGAGAUCGACACGGGCGAUCUAGACCGUUUUGAGACGGAAGAAGUUAAGGACAAGCAUAAUACUAAGGGCAAGGACUCCGGAGACGGAGACGAUGAGGACGAUGAAGAAGUCGAUCUGGGUAAAGAUGAUAUCAUCUACAAGACUGUCAACGCGCUCCGAGAGCAGCGCAAGCAGAUGGUCCAAGCCGAGUCACAGUACCUAUUUAUCUACCAGGUUUUGCGCAAGCUUUGGUUGGAGAAGCAUGGACUCGCGGAAGCAGACAUUGAGGAACCUGCGGCUAAGAGGUUGGAAGUCGAUAAUGACCCUUUCAUCUAAAGUCUCAGGAAAUUAACUUGGUCAAGAUAAAAAAAAACCGCUCGAGACGAUAUAUACACCACCACCACCACACGAUUCCACACAGCAUUGCAUCGGCGUUUCUAGGGGCAUAUACGGCUUGGCAUUUUGC